CCUACUUCUCUCCCACAGCGACAUACCGCAAGUCUGGCCUUAGGAGACUAUCUCCUGCGAAGUGGCAUGAUUUUCGAACGAAAGCGUAUCACGUAAGAUAUAAAAACAUAGUUAUAGAUAUACUUUUUAAGUUAUUUCGAGCACAGUAGCGGACGAGGAGCAGCGCCGAGUUCACGCGAGAUGACACGCAAAUUGUAACCACGGUAACAACAACGUGAAGAACACAAAGUGUAGAUGGCGCCGUCAACGAUAGCUAGCUGAAAUCACACAUUUCUCAUUUUAACUGUGUGUGAUAAAACAUGGCUGAUUGUCACCAAACGACAAAAACACGACCCAGUUCCUCCGUGUCACCGGCUGACAUGGGGAGCACCGACGGGGGCGUGAACACAUCUCCUCUGUGUGACUCAGGUGUGUUGAGUCCCUCACAAACAGGCUAUGCACACAAGGAAUUUCUUAUGAUGCCACCUGAAGGAAAGCUCAAACACUUUGACAGCCGAGCUCAGGCCCACGAAGACAACCAGGAGUUUGAUGCCUGCAUCCAGGACCUGGUGCGUUGCGUGGCUCUGACUAGGCUGGUGCAUGGGGAGGGACAUCUGAAACUAGCCCAGGCUCAUGUCAGACUUGCUAAGGCAUAUUUCCAGCUCAAAGGUUGGGGACUGCAGGCCAAGGAGCACGCAGCCCUUGCAAGAGAGCAGCUGCCUUUCUGCUCCUCGGUCUCCUGCAGGGAAGAAAAGCUUGAGAUUCUCAUGUGUCUCCUGAGCAUACACCUCACACAGGGAGCUGCUUCACUGACCACAGCCAAUCUUGAGGAUGCAGAAUCCUCUUUUUUGGAGGCACAACAGGUUGUUGAGGAGCUUCAUCAACGCUGUGGCAUCAGCCAGGAAGAGAAGAUAAACACAGAGGUGGAAAUCUCCACAGGUUUAUCCAGGGUCUAUAGGAGACAGAACAGACCAGAGGACGCAUUAAGCCGGUGUGAAAAGUCUUUGCAACUGCUGACGGACUGCGAUCAGUUGGAGAAGACAUGUUCUGUCUAUAGGGACAUGGCUGCUAUCGAGCAGGACAGAGGUCAUCUGGACAGAGCCAUAGAGCAUCUCACCAAGGCUCAUGCCAUUGCUGUGAGUCACAGCCCAGAGGAGCUGGAGGGGGCUCGGAUCUCCCACAGCCUGGCCCUCAUCCUUUCUGCUGCAGCAGAGCACAAUCACAAUGAGUCUGCAGGUCACUACUUUGAGCAGAGUCUAAGUGCUUAUGAGAACUCUGCAGGUCCACAUGAUCCAGCCUUUCUCAGUGCUCAAGAUGACUACUGUCGUUUCCUCCUCUUCAAUGGCCAACAAGAGAGAUGCAUGGAGAUCCAGAGGGCUUCUCUUGCUACAAAGAGAUCUACAUUCGGUGAACUGAGUGCUGAGGUUGCAGACACGCUUCAGCUCAUAGGAAGUGUGGAGAUGACUGAGGGCAGGAUGAAGCUGGCUCACAGGACCAUGACAAAGUGCCUGGAGAUUCAGAGUUUGUUGUAUGGUCUUCAACACAUGAAGACAAAAGCUACAAAAAAAGCUGUUGACAUGUUGUCUCGGGCACCUGAGGUGGCUGAGAGACAACAGAGGCAAGGUAGAGAGAAACCUCACACAUUCUCAGUCUUACCAUCCAGUGGCAAUGAUGGGAACUCUAUGUCUGAUUCUUAAAAUUUUCUUUUUUUGAUUGUGUCACCACAGUAACUUUGCUGGUAUGUUCAAAAAACUGCUGACAUAAAUCUAUGUAUAUAUCUGUUAGAUAACACUGGCUGCUACCAGUGCAAAAAACUAGCCACUGUCCACUGGCAGCACAAUUUUUGGUGUCCUUUGUCAGCUUUCAAGAAAUACUCACACUCAAAAAAGAUUCUCACAGUAAGUUUUAAUUAUGUUAAGAUGUAAAUCAAUUUCCAAAUGAGGGCUCGAACCUUUUUAAACCAAAGCAUGACCAGUUGUUAAACAGAAAUCCUUAUGUCAAUAAAGGUAAGGAUGUUGGGCUACAUGUAAUAAUCAUUUGACUCAUUAAACAUUGUUCAUACAUCCA